GAUACGUCAAUGGUUACGUGAUUCUCGGCUGACAUUUUCCUCCUUCAGCUUUGGUGACAGGAGGGUCCCUGCGGCCUAGAGAAAAGAAAGAAGAGAAGGAGAAGGCAGGACCGGAGCUGUUCCUCCUGAGCCGGCGACUCGGUGGACUCGCAGCGAUGCAGCUCCAUUUCGGGGUGGUGCCUCCCGCCGUGGCCCAGGGCCGUCCGCAGGUACUGGUGAUGUGCUCUCUGCCCGAGCUGGGGCUUUGGGCGCCUCAGAGGGCGGUGCUCAUGGAGCGGGCGGGCGUCCGGGUCGAGCCCGAGUCGGUAUGCGGGCUGCAGGAGCCAGGCCUGUGUCUCGCGGAGGUGGAGGUGGUCGAGGAGCCCCGGGAGGAAGUCCAGGAGCAGCAGCCGCUGCAGCCGCCGCAGCCGCCGCAGCCGCAGCAGCAACAGCAAGCCGAGGGGGCGGGGCCCGACAUCCUUGAGACAUUCCCAAAUCAGGAGCCAGGAGGAGAGUUCUCCUGGGAAGGUAAUGGUCCUCAUCAUGAUCUCUACAGUACUUAUACUGAAAGCAAUGUGGUAGAUGGUGUGUGCUGCCUCCCAGUUGCACAGGGGAUUGAGGCCACUGGGCAGAGGGAUGAUUUCCGUUUUAACACUGCAGGCCAUCAAGGCCUGCAUUAUUCACAAAUCCUCCCAAACCUCUGGUUAGGAAGCUGCCCUCGCCAGUUGGAGCAUAUAACUAUCAAAAUGAAGCAUGAAUUAAGGGUGACAGCAGUAAUGAAUUUUCAGACCGAAUGGGAUAUUAUGCAGAAUUCAUCAGGCUGCAAUCGCUACCCAGAGCCCAUGAGCCCAGACACCAUGAUCAGGCUCUAUGAAGAAGAAGGAAUUCAGUACCUAUGGUUGCCUACACCAGAGCUGAGUACUGAAGGUACAGUGCAGAUGUUGCCUCAGGCCGUCUGUCUCCUCCAUGGCCUACUUCAGGAAGGUCACAUCGUCUACAUACACUGCAAUGAUGGUCUUGGAAGAUCCUCGGCUGCCGUGUGUGGCUGGCUGAAAUAUGUAAUGGGCUGGAAUCUGAGGAAGGUGCAGCACUUCCUCAUGGUCAAAAGGCCUGCUGCGUAUAUCGAUGAAGAGGCGCUGUCACGUGCAGAAGAAGAUUUCUAUCAGAAAUUUGGGAAGGUUUGUCCGGCUUUAAGUAAUCCUAAUGUGUAAAACCACCCGCUUUUCCCUAAAAGCUCCUGUCAGAUAAUCAUAAGAUGAUUUGAAGACAGAAUCUUGUUAAACAGUAUUGUGGUGUGCUUUGUUACUACUAUUUAUUGUUGCUAUUAUUAUUAUUAGUCUAGCAUGGUCAUUUAGUCUUAGUUUUGGUUUAGGAAUCUAUUUUCUCUGGAGCACCUUUCAAAGAAUGUAAUGAAUUGCACAAGAAAGAGCAGAAGUUCUCUAGACUCUGCCUUCUCAGUCUCAUGUGGUACAAUAAGGUAACAAACACCAUUGACGAUACCUGCAGUCAGGCUCCUCCUUUUGGUUGACUUACCCACAGGUGGUUUUAUUAAAAAUUCCUGACUACCUACCUUUCAGAUCUUUGUAAAGGAGAACAGUUUAUGACCAAACAAGACAUAGAGAAUAUUAUGAAAUGCAAAAUGGAUGCUUUUGAUUACAUUAAAUUAAAAAGGUUUUGUACUAACAGA